AUGGCCUCAAAAAGUAAGAAAAAAGGUGGAAAGGACACGAGUAGUUCGGGGCAUCCAUUGGAACUCAAUCCACUGCCAGAAUACAUUGCUUAUCGGAUUGAACUUUUUGAACAAUGGAAAUUACUAUACGAUGAAGAAAUCAAGCAAAAGCCGCGCGUAAAGAUUACUAUUACGUUCCCAGAUGGGAGAACAAGAGAAGGAACAGCUUGGGAAACUACACCGAUGGACGUGGCGAAGGAGAUCUCUAAAAGUUUAUCGGAAAGAGUUGUCAUCGCAAAGGUUAAUGGAACCCUCUUCGAUCUCUGUCGACCACUUGAAGAGGAUUGUGUACUGGAAUUAUUAGACUUUGACCAUGAAGAAGGCAAGAAGGUCUUCUGGCACUCGAGCGCUCAUGUUUUAGGUGAGGCUUGCGAACGUCACUACGGAUGCCACUUGUGCAUUGGCCCACCGUUAGAGGAUGGGUUUUAUUAUGAGAUGGCUAUUUCCGAUCGCGUUGUUCACCAGACUGAUUACUUGGCUCUUGAAACUGUUGCAAAAAGUGCAAUUAAAGAAAAACAACCGUUUGUGCGAUUGACGCUAUCUAAAGAACAAUUGUUAACGAUGUUUAAACACAACCAAUAUAAGCUUCACUUAAUCAACUCCAAGAUCCCUGAUGGUUCAUCCACAACCGUCUAUCGCUGCGGACCAUUAAUUGACUUGUGUAUGGGACCGCACGUGCCACACACUGGUAAAAUCAAAGCAUUUUCAGUCACUAAGAAUUCGGCUUCAUAUUUCCUUGGUGAUGCAAAGAACGAUUCCCUACAACGUAUCUAUGGCAUUUCGUUCCCGGAUAGUAAACAAAUGACCGAAUACAAGAAAUUUAUAGAAGAGGCUGGGAAGAGGGACCAUCGUAAGAUCGGCAAGGAUCAAGAACUUUACUUUUUCCAUGAGCUUAGUCCGGGCAGUUGCUUUUUCCUUCCUCAUGGUGCAAGGAUUUACAACACUCUUGUCGAAUUUAUCAAGGAAGAAUAUUGGAAGCGUGGCUAUACAGAAGUUAUCACACCGAAUAUGUAUAAUACUAAAUUAUGGGAACAGUCAGGGCAUUUGGCAAAUUAUGAAGAAAACAUGUUUAUUUUUAAAAUAGAAAAGGAAAACUUUGCCCUAAAGCCCAUGAACUGUCCCGGACAUUGCUUGAUGUUCCUUCACCGUACGCGUAACUAUCGCGAAUUACCGUUACGAAUGGCAGAUUUUGGUGUUCUACAUAGGAACGAAUUAAGCGGGGCCUUAAGUGGAUUGACAAGGGUUAGAAGAUUCCAGCAGGAUGAUGCGCACAUAUUUUGUCGAGAAGAUCAGGUCGAGAACGAGAUUGCAGAAGCGUUGGAUUUUCUUCGACAUGUAUACAGUAUAUUUGGAUUUACCUUCCAGCUUAAGUUAUCUACACGACCUGAGAAGUAUCUAGGUACUCCUGAAGUCUGGGAUCGGGCCGAGAAGAAACUAGAAGAUGCGCUAAACAAAUUCGGAGAUCCAUGGGAAUUAAACCCGGAAGAUGGGGCAUUUUAUGGUCCAAAAAUCGACAUUACAAUCUCUGACGCUUUAAAACGUAAACAUCAAUGCGCCACGCUCCAACUAGAUUUUCAACUCCCCGAACGCUUCCAGCUCGAAUAUCAGACUGGUGCUGGGAGUGAAGGAGACUCGAGUGGACUGGCGCGGCCGGUGAUGAUUCAUCGGGCGAUAUUAGGAAGUGUAGAAAGAAUGGUUGCAAUAUUGACCGAGAACUUUGGCGGGAAAUGGCCAUUUUGGUUAUCUCCUCGACAAGUAAUAGUUAUCCCUGUGGCUCCCAAGUUUAACAGUUAUGCUCAAAAAGUCGCUGACGAAUGCUACAAGGCUCACCUUCAUGCUGAGACUGAUGUUAGUGAGCAUUUGUUGAACAAAAAAAUUCGGAAUGCAGAGCUUGCUCAGUGGAAUUUCAUUUUUGUUGUCGGCGCCGAAGAAGAAAAGGUGAAUUCGGUUAACGUUCGUAAUCGAGACGCUGAUGUCAAAGCCAAGGCAGAGACGAUUCCCCUCGAUGAUAUAAUUGCUAAAUUAGUUCUAUUAAAGAAGGAGAGACGAUUAGAGAAUAAGAUUUAG